GAGGAUGGUAAAACUUUUAUGUUUACUUCUAGAAAAAAUGUAGAAGACUUCACUGGACCUAGAGAAAGAAGUGAUCUGGGAUUCAUUACAUUUGAUAUAACUGCUGAUCUAGAGAAUAUAUUUGAUUGGAAUGUUAAACAGUUGUUUCUUUACUUAUCAGCAGAGUAUUCAACAAAAAAUAAUGCUCUGAACCAAGUUGUCCUAUGGGACAAGAUUGUUCUGAGGGGUGAUAACCCGAAGCUGCUGCUGAAAGAUAUGAAAACAAAAUAUUUUUUCUUUGAUGAUGGAAAUGGUCUCAAGGGAAACAGGAAUGUCACUUUGACCCUGUCUUGGAACGUUGUACCAAAUGCUGGAAUUCUACCUCUUGUGACAGGAUCAGGACACGUAUCUGUCCCAUUUCCAGAUACAUAUGAAAUAACGAAGAGUUAUUAAAUUAUUCUGAAUUUGAAACAACAUAUUUUUAUACUUAAUGAAUUGUAUCUCAUUUAUCUCUUCUCUUGCAUCUUCAUUUAUUUUUGGUUGUUACCUUUUUUUGGUAUAAAAACUAACAUCUAAAGGCAUAUUUGAAGGGAAAGGUUACUGGGCUACUUAAACUUAACUUUAAAAACAAAAACAAGGCUGCCAUAGUGGAGUAUUAUAAGAAUAAGAACUACACAAAAAGGACUUGUAAAAAAAAUGUUGACAUAUUCUCUGUAUUUCCAUUAUUCUUAUGGAAUAUAAAGCAAGCAUGAAGGGUAGUUAUAACUUUCAGGUGCCUGUAGAGUCAUAAGAACUCUAUUUUAUGCCUUGCAUUCAUGCAAGUUCACAUUGGAUGUGAUUUAAAAGUAGACUUUCUCUUUUAUCUCUUUUAGGGUAUGUUUGAUUAUUGAAAAAAAUUAAUGUGGUCAUUUAUUAGAAGCCUGGUUUACAAAAAUGCCAAAAGUGAUGGAAUUCUAUUCCAUUUGUCCUAGGAAUGCCCAUAAUGCUUGUUUUUCUUACAGGUGACUAGCAACUUUCUCCAAUUAAAGACUAAAUACCUCUUUAUAUGCUGUAAAUCAUUCUGACUCAUCUUAAAGUCUCUUAAUUCAACCAAAUGUGUGUCUUUCAGUGCUUUCUCUAAAAACAUUUUUUUAUAUCUUUAUAUUUUUUUUAGCAUUGCCAUUGAAAGUUGAAAAUGUUUGCAUGGUUUACCCUCUGAGUUGAGUUUGUUCUAGUGAGCAUGCCUAGUGCCACUAAGUGAAUUAUUUACUACUUUUUGUAGGUCCACAUUUUGAUAAUUAUUGGGGUAAUAAUAAUAUUUGUGGCGUGCUUUUCCAUUUACAAAGCACUCUCGUAUUUAAUUGUAUGCCAUCCUCAAUAAUCUAAUGAGGUAAGUAGUACAAGUGUUAGCUCUUUGCAGAUGAAGAAACCGAAACCCAGAAGUUUACUGAAUUUCUUCAAGAUUAAAUAACUAGCAAGAAGUAGAGUUAAGACUUGAACUCAGAUAUUCUGAUUCUGCAAGCUUUUCCUUUCUCUUGCACCUCAUAUUGCAGAUUAGUCAGUUUUCACUUAUGACUGCCAUGAUAUUUUUGCUACCCUGUAUACCCUUGCUAUCACUCCUAGAAGAGGUUUCUGAUUCUGUGUGGAAGUGACUAUUUUCAAGUUGCCAACUUUAUAUAUUCUCUGCAUUCAUUCACUCAUUUCACUUUUAUUAUAAAAACAUAAGAAAAUCUAAAUAUAUGUAAAAAUAAUUUAGAGACAAUACAUAAUGCAUAAUUGAACAUAACCACAUAUUUAACAUUACUUUUUCUUCUGCAAUGGACAAGUAAACAUUCUCAAAGGUAGCAACUGCAAGUCAAUUACCCUUAAAGGCAAGACCAAACACUGUAGUAAUGCUAUCAGCAGUAACCAAAAAGGGCUAAUAUUUUUUAAUAGCUUAAAUUAAUAACUAUUGUUUAUUAUAUUUACUUCAUAUGAAAGCUGUCACUAAUUACAUUAACAGCUAUUUUAUGUAGUUGUACCAUUCAUGUAAAAGUAUUUGAGUAUUAGUUUUUCAAACCAGCAGAAAAGUCAGAGGUGUCGUUCAUGGAUAUUAGAGUAGGGUUGGCUCCCAUCUGUAUUUCAUUAAACUUUUCAGGGUCUUGGUUUCUUUAUCUGUAAAAUGACAAAGUUGGAGUAGUUAACUUAAAAUAGUGGUCCUCUGGUACCACACAAGUCUAUAAAAUUUGUUUUAUCUGUUCAGCAAAGAGAUUGACUGGAAAAUCAUGUUAGUCAUGUGAAGACAGUAAAAUGCUUGAAAGACUAACAAUUCAUAUUGAUCUGACCUCAUUUCUGUUAGAUUUUACACUCAGAAAAUUUAACUUCAUUUGAUUUGUACAAAUACUAGACAUGAAAAGUUAAAAUCUGCGGAUGUCAAAGGUUGAAAAUUGGGUUCAUUCUCAUGAAGGAAGGCACCACAAUAAAUGCAUCUGCAGUCUUACCAGCCCUGGUACCAGUUUACCAGUUGGUUAUGCCUCUACGAUGAGUGGAUGCGUUUGUCUUGGUAGAGAUGUUGCCAUUUACUUGAGUUACAGUUUACUUGACAAGCCCACUUUGUUUGGAGUUUGGUGAGGAAGAGAGGUAGAAAGGCCCAACUAGCACAAUGUAGGUGAAUUUUUAAUUUUUACUUACAGGUAAACUGCUCAGGAUGAGAAUACUCCAACACGGGAAUUAGGAACCACUGUCUCAGGAACUCAUUUUUGGGUGUGCAGUUUUAUUCACUAUAAUUCUACAUUUAAAAUAUUUUAAAAUAUUGACUUGUGUUCAUUUUGAUAACCAUAGUAUCCAGUGUUUUAAAGAAAUCUCACGAGUCCCUACAAAGACAUAGUCUUCAGACUAAAAACUAAGUAUGAUUAGAAAUGUCUGAACCCGCAAAUAAUUCUGAGCAAAGAGUAAUUAUAAGACACUUAAUUAUGGUUAGAAAUGAAUUAAUUUCAAAAUGUGUUUAUAUACCCUUUUUUUGACAGUUUAACCUAGACAAACAUCUCUGUCAGUGUAUUUUAUUCCCCUAGUUAAUUACAUUUGGUUUCUAGAUGCUGGAAGGAAAAUACUUUUUAAAACUUAAGAAAUUGCUAAUGGUGUAAUAGAAAAGUGGGUUAGUUUGAAUUUCCUUUAUAUUAUUUUACAGUUCUUUGGUGGGUCUGGUCAACCAGUAAAUAGCUGGGCUCUAAGGUGAUAAUGAGCGUUUUUACCGAAGCUUUGGAUCUGGGUUGUAGGUCAGUGGAGGUGUUAUUUUAUAAUACUUUGUAUUGAUGUGAAAUGAAUUUAUGAGGAAAAAACCAUAAGCUGUGAACUUUGGUAGUAUAUGUAUAUCCAUUUCAAAGCUUAUCUUGCUUUUAGCAGAGAGCCUGUGUACGUUACAUGUGACUGCCAGUGAUUUCAAGAGAUCUGUUUCAAAAAGUUGUUGCAUGUUUUUUAUGCAAUUUGGGAAACUGUUUACUUCAUAAAUACACAUUCAUAAAUAAUUCAUAAAAAAUACUGAGUAUAUGAGGAUUUUCUUAAUUGCAAUAAAUAUUCAGCAUUUUUUCUAAGGAAAAUGAAUUUUGUUUACAAGUAAAAGUAUGCAUUUUAAACGACUUUCAGUUUUAUGCUUUUUAUGUGAAGCUGCUGAACUAAAAGUAAAUGGAAGAAGCCAAGUCUAGUAAACUAAAGGUUCUUUUUUUCCCUUUUUUUGUUGGGGAAGUGUGGGGAGGUUACUUACACGGAAAGCAUCAUCUCCAGAGACUAUGCUGUGUGCUAGACUGUAAGCUCUCUGAGGGCAGUCGGUCAGGUUUAUCUUUGUCUCCCCAGCGCCUAGCAUAGUGCCUUGCACAUAACAGGCACCAAUAAAUACUGGUGAUGAGU